GAUAAACAUGAGGAUUCUUUUCAUAUACGUAUUAAAUUCAAAAUAUCUAAUUCACCAAGUGGUCAGAACCAUCCAGUCAGUGUUAAAAUCAAACCUCCAUGUAAUGGUGAUAACACGCCCAAUAGAUUGAGUAAUCCUGAAAACUCCAAUGACACAUGCGAUUCUAAUGUCAUAAAUAAGGACCAUCCUAAUAGCGUAGCUAAUCGUCGUAUACUUCGUAAAUGUCGACAAAUGUUAAGUGAUGAUUCGUCAUCAUUAAAUGUUACGAAUUUUAAAAAUUCAAACAAUCGAACAAUAGCCUUGCGAAAACGAAUGCAAGAUAACUUUAUGGAUUCGGGAAACUGUAAUAAAUCCCCAUCAGUGCAUUCUAAUUCUUGCAAAACGAAUAACAAUAAAUUAAAAUAUACACGUAGAUAUUCACUUGAUAAAUUAAGUCACAAUAUGAAUGUUUUACACGAUCACACUGUAACACAUGUGAAAUCCCAACUAACACCAACUCAGUUUGGAUUGAAUGAUAAAAGAUUUCCUACAUACACAUGUCAUUACCAACCUGUGGACGUGUAUACAGAAAGCAGUGCAACCCAACUGAGUGAAUCAAACUUGUCUGAUCCUCAUACAGGAUAUAAUAAAGCACCGGUACCGUUCGCACUUACACAAUAUUUGGAAUUGACUAAACAAGCAUUUAUGGACCAUUUUGCCAUGCUACAUUCCCCCGCCUACGCAUCAACAAUUCAAUCAGAACUUGAGCGCGAAUACAAUCGACAAGCUGAGUUAUUAAAACACACAAAAAUUUUGGAACAGUCUAUCGCUAAAUUGCAUUCAGAUGGGACAGAUUUAUUAAAUCGGUUCACAAAACGCCUAGGUAUCCUAAUCACCACACCGGCUGCAUUUUUCUCUCAAGCUCGAAGGUUAAUCAAACAGCAUCAUGUUUUGGAGGAGAAGAUUGCUGAAUUUCGAAGGCAGAUAUCACUACUAUCAUCUGCCAAUCAAGAAUUAGUGAGACGUCACCAUAUUGAGGCUGCACGUCUUUUAGCCACUGCAACAACGAUUAAAUCAGAUAAUUCAUUUCAAAGUCAACAUCCUACAUUGAAUAAGUUAAUCUGCUCUGGAAACGUUGUUAAAGUAACUGAAAUAAAUAAAAAUGGAUUUCAUUAUAAUUCUGACAAUAUGUUACCAUCUUCCACUUCUUCUGAAUCAAAUUAUCGAAAUGCUGUUUCGCUGAACUCAGUAGUGAUACCACCACCACCAUCGUUAACUAAAGUUUCUCAUAAUACACUAAACUGUAACAAAUUCGGAAUCCCUUCAAUUGCCACUUCAGAUAACUUAGUAUCCGCUCAUGAAAUGAAUCAACAGCAUUCACUGAAUCCUAUAAAAUCUUCAAAUGUCAAGCUUAGAACAUCAAACGGUACACCUUCAGUUUUGCGUAAUAAUACUGAUGUUCAUAAAUUUGCACCGGUAUUAAUAAAAACUGUGAAUACAGGUAACCAUUCUGCCGUUUCAGUUCACACUACCAAUAAUAAGGCAGAUCGCGAUCAUAAAGUUAUUACUGAUAAUAGUAAUAAUCAUAACAACACUAAUAAUACCACUAAUAACGGCACUAAUCAUAGAAUUGAUAAACACAUGAAUAUACCUCCUCCACCACCUUUACUCCCUAUGCACAUUCAUUCGGAUGUUUAUGUGGAUGGUGUAUUAUCAUCCGCCAAAUCUCCUAUCGAUUUCAACAAACAUAAGUAUUGUAAUAGUAAUAAUAAUCCUUCAUUACUCCCCGAACUGAAUCGUUCAUUUAUUACAUGUAAAACCGAUUAUGAUAUGUCACUUAUUCAAUCAAAUUAUCGUUCUCAUACCAAGUCAAUGCAUGCUUCUCUCCAAGAUUUAAUUCUUGAUGAGUUCUCUCGUGAAACACCAUGUAUUUCGGUUAGUAAUUGUCCUACUGUUACUAAAACUAAUAAAAACAGAAAUGUUUAUAGUAUGUCAGAUUCUUCAUAUAGUUGUCAAUACGCGAAUAAUCCGGAUCCCCUUUUUCAACGUCACAACCACCACAAUCAUAAUCAUAAAAUUCUUCAUCCUAAUUACAUAGAUUACAGUCACCAAUUGAAUUUACCACCACGUAAACGACACUGGGAUUCAUCUAACUACAAUUCUACAACUAUUAAUAAUUAUGGUGAAGAGUGCGAACCCCCCAAAUUGUCUCGUGAGUGUAAGAGUUCAGACAUGGAGACCUAGCUUUAGCCAUUGCUAAUACUGCAUAUAAUACUAAUAGUUCUAACCUUUCUUCAACAUUCAAGUGUAAAUGUGGUGUCCAUCGUCACUUCUUUUAUUAGUUUCAUAUCAUAUUUUCACUACACUCUCUCUAUUCAAAACUGUCAAAAUUGUUUACUUGCUUUAAAAUUGUGUAUUUUCUUUUUGAAAUUACUUGUUUUCUCUUCUACAAUCUUGAUAAGGAAACGAAGUUACCGCUACAACUGUGAAAUUUAAUGUGCAUUGUUACCGUUCAAUGAUUAUUUAAUCUAAUUUCACACGUCAAUAACACAUAUCUAUAUUUAUGUAUGUAAAUACGUCUAUGGUUCUUUUACGCACAUUUUUCAUAUGAUUAGGAAUGAAAUUCCUUACCAUUUGUUUUUUCAUAUACUUAUUUUCAAGAAAUCAUGUAGUACAUUUUUUUAAAAAUCUUAGGGAAUUAUAUUUCUCUAGAUAUAAUAAUAAGAAAGCUGUCCAUGUAUUGCUUACCAUAAUUUAGUCUUGAUAACGAAAUGUUUCAAAGAACAUGUAUGUAUGUACUUACGUGAAUAUAACAGAUAAUCACACUACUGUUAUCAUAAUUAUGCAUAUUUAUGUUUUAAAUGUGUCUUUCUCAUAUCACCAUUGCUUUAAAUUUCCAUUUCUUGAAUGUGUACACAAGUAAAAGAAUGUUUCAGAAUGUCCAGUGUAAACUUCCACAGUGCAUCGUCUUAUUCAUUAAGAGAACAUACGUUGCCAGGUUAUUUGUUAUAUUACGUUUUUUUAUCUUCUAGAAUUUUUUCGAGAUUGUUACUACUUACUUUUCACUGAGAUAUAUUGUUUUUGCAUCUAGAUGAUACGUUUAAUGGUAGUUAUCGUUGUCUUGAUACCUACACAGCUUUAAAAAGUGCUCCUAUUGUUGUCCAGAUAUUUAACUUCUCAUCCAGGUCUACUAGUUUAUAUUUCUUACUAACAAUUUUUGGGAAUCAAAUAGGUUUAUCUCUGCGUAUAUUUCAGUUACCUUGUAAAUAAGGUGUUAACAAUGGCUUUAAGAGAUUUCUACAAAAUAGCACUUUUAAAUUGUCAUCUUAGUGGACAUUUAUGUGGUGAUUAUAUCUGUUGGUGUUAUUGUUACAGUGGUAAUGAUUAUGUCUAUUUGAUAUUCAAACUUUUGUAAGUUCUUGUUCUCUGGAAGUUUUUCUAUUCUCAAUGGACUAAAAGUUGGUGGGAUCAUAUGCGUGUCUGAUUUUGCCCAUCAUUGAAACUGGUUACUAUUCGUUUCGGAAUGAACGGAUACAUAUUGUUUUCUGCAUCUUCAGUUUGUAGACUUGGAAAUUUUCCUAAGAAUUUGUACUACUAUUACUUUUUAUUAUCAUCUAAUUGUGAGGAUUGAAAUUUUAUUAUGCAUGUCAAUUAUGCUGAUGAAUUUUAAUAAGUAAUUUCUAGUUUUCUUACUGCCACGUUCCUAAUAUCUUGAAAGAGAAAAUAUAAAAGCCGUUUCGCAUAUUGA